AUGAAAGGAUUUAUCACUUUAUCAGUUGUCAUUGCUUCUAUGUUCUAUCAAUCGAACGCAAAUUACCAUAUCAAAAAACUUCUCGAGCUUAAUUCUCUUGCUCAGAGUAAUAAUCAAACUAGCAAUAAUAACGCAACCACAAAAGAUCUCACUAAGUAUGAUACUUACUUAGCAUACGAAAUGCUCGAGGGUUUAUCAAACUCUAUUUGCAAUAUCACUCUCUGUGACGAAGAAGAAAGGAAAACUUAAAUUCUAUUACUCCAACUUCAAUAUAAUGCUAAUGCUGCAAUUGAAAAUUAGGUAAAUUAUAUGAGUCAAGUAGAAAAUACAAAAAAUUACUUUGCUGGAACCUUGUAUGAUUAUUUUGUCUCACUCCCAGAGGAUUAAAAAGAAUCAUAUAAAAAGUAGCUUGCUGGCUUUAUAAGACAGGGAGUCAGUGUACUUAGCAGAUGA